UGGUCUCUCUCGUCACCAAUUCACGAGCGCGGUUUAAACGAAUUUGUAUAUAUAUAUAUAUACAUACAUACACAUGUACGUAUUGGAUGUACGUAGAUGUAUUGCGUUUGUUGAGUUUAAGAGUGUGUCAUUUUAUUAAUUUUUCUUUGCGUCUCGAUUGGUUGAUCAAUUAAGGUAUAUUUUUGAUUCGAUUGUGUUUUAAAGUGAUUGGUCUGUUUGUUUGUAGUGUGUCUUCGUGCUUGAGAAAAAAAGAAGACGAAUUGUGUAUGUCAAUCUGUGGAGGAUUAUACAUUCAAGAAAACAUUUAUUGCUGAUGAAGUGAAGACAUUAAAUGACAAUUAAAGAACACGUCUAAAGCAUAGAGAAGAAAAUAAAAAAUUAAAGAAUUCAUACCAACUUAUUUUUUUUCCGAUUGAAGACUUUAACUUUAGCACAGACAAGUGUUAAAGCCCUUCUAAGAAAAUAAAAGAUAUUAAGAACACAAUAAAAUCAUACCCGCCGACCAAUCACAGUGACCAAACCAAAAACUUCAGAAACAGAACGAGACAUAAAGGAGAAGAAAAAAAAAAACGUAAACAAAAAAACUCGAAGAAACUACAAGACCACCACCGACGUCUUCCACCUGAACGCCAAUCAAAUCUCAAAGAAAGAAAAACAAAAAACAAAAGCAAAAACAACGACAACAUGAACAGGCAAACUCUGACGCUGCUAGUGGCGAUCGCCCUCUGCGCCUUCGGGAAUGGGGGCGCCUUCGCCUUCUCCUUCGGCCGCCUCUUCCCCGCCUCCAGGAGUGGCAUCCGAGGGGCGCUCAUUAGAGGAUCCGGCGGCCAGAAGACGCCCUCGAACGUCCUGAAGGAGGCGGUGAAAGAGGCAUCCAGUGCGCAGAAGGUGACGACGAAGACGACGACGAUGAAGCCUCCCGUCGUCUCCGUGACCAAGAAGCCGUCCCUGCUCUCUUUCCUGCAGAAGCCCCAGGUCACGGCCGCCCCUCAGAAACUGUCUCAACCCGUGACCAACUCUCCCAUCUUCUACAUCCGCCUGCCUCCGAAUCCCUACGUGUUCGUCCCUGGCCUCGGCUACGUCUCCCCGAACAGCAACUCCUACAACUUCAUUCGUCCAGAUAUCGAUUUCGUCAACAACGGCAAACCAUCGAGCAUCUACCAUUUCAAACCUUCUUCGACCAGUACGACUACUACUCCUACUACUACCACUACGACUACUACGACUACUACUACUCCAGCACCCACGACGACUACCGCGAAGCCCGUACGACCUCUGCCUACCAAGAAACCGAGUCCAAUUACGUGGUUGUCUGGUCCCUGGUUCUUCAACGGUCGUCCCUCGAACAUGUUUAUCUUCAACUCCCCCCAUAACCCCGGUCACUUCGACAAGCUACACCAGACCUACAGCAAGCCGGGUGUCUACACGAAAUAGGUAGAUCCGACAGGUUAGAUUAAAAGGUAGAUGGAUAAUAAAGGGGAAAAAAUGUAGGUAGAUUUGUAAUACCUGCAGAUGUUACGAUGUGAAAAGGACCUGUGGCAUUUCUUCCUCCGGUGAGAUUCUGUUCCUCUCAUGGAAUUUCUUAAUAUUUUUUUUUGCAUAUAUACUCAAAGUGCGUUUAGUAUUUUAUUUAAGGGGUAGCUUAGGUAUACAGUCAGUUAAAUGGGGCAAAUUGCUUUAUUUCGUUAAUUUAUUUUUUUGAACAUUUCCUGUUCAAAAUUCUGGGAUUAAUUUAGGUAUGUGCAGUUAUGCCACGGAAAAAGUGUUAGCAACAGACGAUUUUGUGAUCUAAAUUGUCGUUAUAUAUAUUAUAUAUACAUUAAAUACAUUACAUACACACAUUAAAUACUAUAUACACAUAUAUAGUAUACAACACACCCACACACAACAGUCAUGAGCUAUGUUAUACAGAAUGCGAUACAAAAAAUAUAUGUCACGGCGCUAUUCAAUAACAGCCUGUAAUAACACUUAACCACAAAUCGUGUUGGCUACACUUGAGCUGCGGUGAUUUUGGCCAAACAGAAUAAUUGGCCGAGAAAAGUGAUUUCUAAGUCAGGAUUCAGAAGUGAUGACGUGAGUGUGCCAUGAUGCCUGUGACGUCACCAUCGUCCGAAUGUUUGGCAUGUGACGUCGCAGCAUCGCCGGGGGUCCUGGUGGAAGCAAAGCGUCCGAACACAGUGAUGAAACGCACACGCGAUUAAAACGAAAUCAAUAAUAAUAAUAAUAAUAAAAAUGUUGACAUUUUUUGGCGUCUUUUUUUAAGUGUUCUGAUUUGAAUAGGUAAAGUAAUAUGUACUGAUGCAAGGAGCUGUGUCGACAUCACUCGUUUUCGGAUCAGUUUUAUUAUAGAAAAAAAUAUAUAUCAUUACUGUCUAACGUCCUAUAUUGUCAUUCGCAAUGUGUGGCAGGUUUGGAUAAGGAACAAAACAGUUUUAUUCACUUCCAAUUAUUGUUCGUUUGCUUUUAUUUCCAUGUUUUUUUAUUUUCUAUAUGUUCAAAAACUACUGUCCAUUUCCUUGAGAUACAGUAUAAAUCUCUCCUUAAAAGUCAUCCAGCAUAAUGGAAGAUUAUUAAAGGCAUAAAAAGAUAAUGAUAGGCAAACAGGACAUUUUUUUUCAGUUGAUUUAUAUUAAUGCAAUCAUUUUGUUAUUGUUGUUACUGUCUUUUUUAAUUGAUGCAAUUUCUUAUAUAUUUUUACAAUAUGUUAGAUUAAGCAUCCUUACUUACCUGCCACAGCGACAGAUGAGAAUAUUAAUAUUUAUGAAAUAUGUGUCAGUAGUCUAUAGCCAUUUGUGUAUAUAUGUUGUGUUUUAUUGUUAUAUGUAGUCCCUUAGCGCUUCGGAUAAGUGAAAAAAAAUAUUUUGUUACAUAUUUAAAUGAUAUAUGUACUUUCUGCGGGAUCAGAUUUUGUUAUAGUGUUUUGCAAUAAAUAAAA